UGUGCCUUGAGGAUGAGCUGAUAUCCUUUGCUCCACUACUUCAGAUCUGUCACGUCGCAUGGUAUCCAAGCGUCUAUAGGACCAUCUCCGGAAACCCUUGCCGACAGUAUGCGCUUUGCUCUACCACGCUUGUACCGUUGCUUGCUGUCAUCGUCGACCCUUAGAUCCAUAUGACUUCCUUCCGCUUCUGGUGGUAUAAAGGGCUAAUGAAAUCGUCCAACUGAACCCCAGGUUCUGGAUUCUUCGUCACUUACCAUGAAUUUCGUUUACCCUCUACCCUUUCCUGCGGUGGAUCCAUCCACCUCCCCGGAAGAUCUACCAAGCCACCAACUUUUCAAUGGAUCCGAGGACCAAAUUUUGCCAUCAUCUUUCUCGCGCCAUCCUCGUGUAUCAGAAAGAAGCAUCCAACCUCUCAGACACACUCCGACAUUUGUAGCGGUUUUAUCUCCUGGAUGCACAUCUGGAGGCGCAUAUCUGCAUACGGCGCAUUGUUCCGUGGACAUACCCUCGUCUAUGAAAGCCACGAUGUCUCCGCCUUCGUCGUGCGAUUACAUGGAUAUAUCGGACGAAAUGACUACUCAAAGCCCGCCGCUGACCGUGUUGGCUCCCUCAGGCUUACUCCCAAGUAAAGCCUACGAACAUCUCGAUCCCAACGGAAUGGAGGGAUCAUCCUCUACUCUGCCAAGGCACUGGCUGUUACCUCAGCCUGGUGUUCGACAUGACAAUGAAAGCGAUUGGCACAUGUGGCCAAUCGCCUUCUCGAGAAAUGACGGUCUCUCUCCUUACGCAGUAGCAGACUUAGUCGGGGACCUGCAUGAACCUCUGAACCUUCAAGGUGCUUCAGACACUCCGUUCGAAGAACUCGGUGACGCUACAUUGACUGUUCGGAUUAACUGGCCGGGCUACACGCCCUUUGAUAGGGAGAUACGCACCGAUGGGGGCACUAUCAGCCGCGAUGAACUACUCCUUUGCGUCGCAAGAAUUAUCGACCACUUCGCUCAGAAGGUCUUUGCCGAGAACACACCCCAAGUUCAGCCAGGCUACGAGGGAUGUCGCCUGCGGACGCAGGACUACCGGGCAGGCAUUUUUCAUGAGCGUUGUAUCAUUACUGGCCUUACACUGUACACCGAUGGGACAUGGCGCCCUGACAUUUUCGUGCCAUUCGAGUAG